GGCUUGUGGGCCAGCGCGGGAGGCGGGGCUCGGCGUGAGUCUCUGCUGGGCUGACUGGGCGUCAGUGCGGAGGGUGACGAUCUGGUCAGGCCAUAAUGACUUCAGCAAAUAAAGCAGUUGAAUUACAACUACAAGUGAAACAAAAUGCAGAAGAAUUACAAGACUUUAUGAGGGAUUUGGAAAACUGGGAAAAAGACAUUAAACAAAAGGAUAUGGAACUAAGAAGACAGAAUGGUGUUCCUGAAGAGAAUUUACCUCCUAUUCGAAAUGGCAAUUUUAGGAAAAAGAAGAAAGGCAAAGCUAAAGAGUCUUCCAAAAAAACCAAAGAGGAAAACACAAAAAAUAGAAUAAAAUCUUAUGAUUAUGAGGCAUGGGCAAAACUUGAUGUGGACAGUAUCCUUGAUGAGCUUGACAAAGAUGAUAGUACCCAUGAUUCUCUGUCUCAAGAAUCAGAGUCGGAAGAAGAUGGGAUUCAUGUAGAUUCUCAAAAGGCUCUUGUUUUAAAAGAAAAGGGCAAUAAAUACUUCAAACAAGGAAAAUAUGAUGAAGCAAUUGACUGCUACACAAAAGGCAUGGAUGCCGAUCCAUAUAAUCCCGUGUUGCCAACAAAUAGAGCGUCAGCGUAUUUUAGAUUGAAAAAAUUUGCUGUUGCUGAGUCUGAUUGUAAUUUAGCAAUUGCCUUGAAUAGAAGUUAUACAAAAGCUUAUUCCAGACGAGGUGCUGCCCGAUUUGCUUUGCAAAAAUUAGAAGAGGCCAAAAAAGAUUAUGAAAGAGUAUUAGAACUGGAACCAAAUAACUUUGAAGCAACAAAUGAACUCAGGAAAAUCAAUCAGGCUUUAGCAUCCAAAGAAAACUCACAUCCAAAGGAAGCUGAAACAGUGAUUAAGUCAACAGAGAGCGAGCGAAAACAAAUUGAAGCACAAUGGAAUAAGCAGCAGGCCAUUUCAGAGAAAGAUCUGGGGAAUGGAUUUUUCAAAGAGGGGAAAUAUGAAAGAGCAAUUGAAUGCUAUACUCGAGGGAUAGCAGCAGAUGGUGCUAAUGCCCUUCUUCCAGCUAACAGAGCUAUGGCCUAUCUGAAGAUUCAGAAAUAUGAAGAAGCUGAAAAAGACUGCACACAAGCCAUUUUAUUAGAUGGCUCAUAUUCUAAAGCUUUUGCCAGAAGAGGAACUGCAAGAACAUUUCUGGGAAAGCUAAAUGAGGCAAAACAAGAUUUUGAAACUGUUUUACUUCUGGAACCUGGAAAUAAGCAAGCAGUAACUGAACUCUCCAAAAUUAAGAAGGAAUUAAUUGAGAAAGGACACUGGGAUGAUGUCUUUCUUGAUUCCACACAAAGACAAAAUGUGGUAAAACCCAUUAAUAAUUCACCACAUUCUGGAUCAACUAAACCACUCAAGAAGGUUAUUAUUGAAGAAACUGGUAAUUUGAUACAGACUAUUGAUGUGCCAGACAUCACUACUGCUGCUGCUCCAGAAAGUAAUCCUAUUAAUCUAGCAAAUGUGAUAGCAGCCACAGGCACCACAAAUAAGAAGAAUUCAAGCCAAGAUGACCUUUUUCCCACAAGUGAUACUCCAAGAGCAAAAGUAUUGAAAAUAGAAGAAAUCAGUGAUACGUCAUCCUUACAACCUCAAGCCAAUUUGAAACAGGAUGUAUGUCAAUCUUACAGUGGGAAAAUGCCUAUACAGAUAGGACAAAAACCUGCUCAGUUUGUCACAACUGUUCUUCCUCCAAUUCCCGCAAACUCGUUCCAGCUUGAAUCUGAUUUCAGACAAUUGAAAAGUUCUCCAGAUAUGUUGUAUCAGUAUUUAAAGCAAAUUGAACCAUCUUUGUAUCCUAAGUUGUUUCAGAAAAAUCUGGAUCCGGAUAUAUUCAACCAGAUCAUUAAAAUUCUGCAUGACUUUUACAUUGAGAAAGAAAAGCCAUCACUCAUCUUUGAAAUCUUACAAAGACUUUCUGAACUAAAAAGGUUUGAUAUGGCAGUGAUGUUUAUGUCAGAAACAGAGAAAAAGAUUGCACAUGUAUUAUUUAAUCACAUAGACAAAUCAGGAUUGAAGGAUAAUUCUGUUGAAGAACUCAAGAAAAGAUAUGGUGGUUGAUUUCCAUUUUUGCUGAAAGAAUUGUUUCUGACUUUCAUAUAUAAUUUUUUUCUACUAAAAGUGUUUUGCUUUUUAAGAAAAUGAUACUGUGAUUUAACUAGUGAGAAUUGUAUUCAAGUGAACUCUGUGUUUUUCUGAAAAUAAAAAUAUAAACAAUGAG